AUGUUACAGCUUGCUGUACUGGCGUCGUGGCUCCUCAAUAAACGUGUGUGUGGGCGUGGGGAAAAAAGUGGUAAAACCCCCAGUAAAGGUAAGUCUCGCUCAUCCAGAGCAGGCUUGCAGUUUCCGGUGGGUCGGAUUUAUCGUCUGCUUCGCAAGGGUAGCUAUGUCGAGCGCCUUGCGGCUGGUUUGCCUGUGUAUCUGGCAGCAGUGUUGGAGUCCAUAACGGCUCAAAUCUUGCAGUUGGCGGGCAGUGUCUGUUGCGACAACAAGGAGACGCACAUAAUCCCGUGCCUCUUGCAGCUGGCAGUCCGUAAUGAUGAGGAGCUCAACAAUUUGUUGGGUGGUGUGACUAUCGCUCAGGGUGGCGUCUUGCCGAACAUCCAUGCCAAGCUGCUGCCCAGGAAGACUGAGAGCCACCAUCCCAAAGUGCAGAGCAAAUAA